UUCAUUGCGUCAAUUGCGUCACGACACUAUUCGGCCACGAAAGCCGAAUGUGGCUUUUUUUUUUUUUGCAAUAUUCGGCCGAAUACUUUCGGUUGCCGAAUAUUCGGUGCAUCCCUGGUGAUAACAUCUCGUCCAUGAAUGUGGAAAGUUAAUGCACCAACAUGGACACAGAGAAUCAUGAGAGUAGUCCAGACUGCUCACAAAAAACAUGCAGACCGUCACCUACUGGAGCUCCUGCAUAUCAAUCUCACAUGCAACGAUUUCCAGUUUAAUGGACGCAACUUCAUGCAGAACAAGGGCCCGGCAAUGGGAAAGAGAGUUUCCACAUAUCUUAUUUAGAUCUUCUGUGGUGAACUAACACAGCAUAUGCAGCUGGAAGGAGAAACCAAAGACAGCAUGGCUUGGUCACUGAUGAAGAAAAUACAGCAAAUAGCCAGCAUAGCAGUGGAGACCGGGCUGGAGGCCCAGAGGCCGGCGCCGGGCCGGUGUGAAGGCUGGUGACAGGUAAGUAGGGCCGAAGUUGGAGGCAAGCAAACUGGGCUGAACUCUGUGAAUUGUUAGUUUCUUUGGCUGUAUUAGAGUGUUGUAUUCUUUAUGUUACUCCUAACCUGGGACAAAUCAGCACUAUCCAAUACAUUUCAUUUAAAUGUAACAAUGCCCACAUGUAUUUUCCUUCUCCACAUGACACACGGCUGCAUCUUACAAGAAAAAAAACAAACCAGCUCGGUCUUGAUUGGUCGUGUUCUGCUCGUCAUGUUUGUGUGCCCGACCAGAACAUUUGUAUAAAAGCUGAGCGAUGACUUCAUUCUGUCUCAGUGGGGAGGAGAGGUUAUCAUGUUCAGUUUGUUUGUGAUUCUGGAUAUGCAACGUUGUCAUGCCAGUCAUAACACAGUGAUGGUGACAUAACAUAUGACAUCUGUGCUCUUCAUUAAUGGAUGUUUCUAAUUACAGACAUUUCUGGACAUGUUGGUGUGUUUUACAGGAAAAGAAUCACAUUUGAUCUAUUGUCUGAAGAUGCUUCUCCUGUUCAGGGUUGCAGAUACACUAUAACUAAGGAUUGUUUUGAUCAUUGUAAUCAUUUUCUCCUUGCACACCUCCUCAAAAGACACAUUAUCAAAUGUUUUCUUGCGUCUUAUUAGUGCAAUCAUGGAAAACUCAACCCAGAUUAAAUCAUUUGUGUUGGCCAUGUAUGGUAACAUAGGACACUUAAAGUAUCUAUAUUUCACUCUGGCACUUCUCUUUUACACGUCGGUUAUAUUUGCCAACACUGUUCUUAUUGUCGUCAUUUAUCUGGACAGAAACCUGCAUGAGCCCAUGUAUCUAUUCCUGUGUAAUCUGUUUGUUAAUGAAAUAUACGGCAGCACGUCUUUGUUGCCCUGCUUAAUGGCACAAAUCCUGUCAGACACUCAUGAAAUUUCAACAUUUUACUGCUUCGUGCAAAUAUUUAACAUUCACACGUAUGUUGCUAUUGAAUUUGGAACGUUAACUAUCAUGGCAUAUGACAGAUAUAUAUGUAUUUGUAAGCCGUUACACUACAAUGUCAUGAUAACCAGAAGAAUAGUGCAAGAGGUCAUUCUUGUUAUUUGGACAGUUUCCUUUGUCGAGGUUGGAGUUUUACUGUCAUUCACUAUUAAUUUAAAGCGUUGUGGCACGGUUAUAAACAAAGUGUUUUGUGCACACCACCUUGUAGUUGAACUUUCUUGUUCUACAGACAGAACAGUGUCACUCAUUCACGAUCUGGUGUUUGGCCUUAUUUUCACUGUUGCUGCUCCCGUCACUUAUAUUUCAUUCACCUACGUCAAAAUUUUGUCAGUGUGUUUAAAAGGUUCCAAAGAGACCAGAGUGAAAGCUUUUGAUACUUGUACUCCGCAUUUUAUUUCACUGGUUAGCUUCGUCUUUGCCUGUUUUUACAGCUUGAUCACUCAGAGGUUUGACAUGUUCUCUGUUCCAUAUCCACUCUGUGUUUUCCUGUCGAUGUACGUCGUGAUCAUUCAGCCUCUUCAAAAUCCACUCAUGUACGGUCUUAAAUUGUCAAAAAUCAGACAUGCUUGUAAAACUUUGCUGACAUUAAAAACAUCACAACUCUACUUUUUUCAGAGAGUUUUCCAAUUCUUAUGUUCAUCAUUAGCAGACACGAGAGGAAAAGGAGUUACAGCACAGUUUAGAACUGGAGCAUCUGUUCUGUUGACAUUCAAAACAUUUCAUUCGGUUACAAAACGUGAAUCUUCUGGGGUUGCUGACCUGCGAGAGGUUCAUAAAGACAGAGAUAAAGACUUGAAGUACCAAAAUGUUUUUGCAGUGUUCCAAAUGCAAUCUUAAACAGAGUAAUGUGAGAAUGCACGGAGAGAAGAAGAGUUUAAAUACAUCAAACAAGAUGAAAGGAUCUAUAGGAGGUGCCAGCAGAUGGUGUAUGUCAGAAUCAGAUUCAUAAUCAGAUUUAUUAUAAGUAUACACAUGCAAGGCAUUCUCAACUCUCCAUGCACUUACACAGGAAUAGAUAUAACAGCUAAAAGCAAGUAAUGUGUUGAUCUUUAACAUAUGCCAGGAAAAGGAUCUUUAACAUGUUGCAGUGUGUUUAGUUGACAUGAAAGGGAACGCACUGAAUCAUAGACAAAUACAAAGAUACAAAGUGAUGUGAAGAUAAUGAUGAUGUACGUGUCGAGCUGACGAAUCCUAAGACUUUACUUCAGUGUUCCAAUAACAGCUGAUCAAAGUUAGUUCAGUAAACUCGGAGUAUGUUCACUCUGACUUGAACUUGUGUGGUGACAGAAAUAUGAUUCAGCUCAAUGAAAGGCAGAG